AUGCCGCACUCGGUCGAAGGAGGGCCCCAGGCGCCCCAGGGCGCCGUCAAGGACGAGCCCAUGGACGACGCGGGCAUCCCCAGCAGCGCCCCGGACGCCGAUGGCGAUGUCAACAUGCAGGCCCCCGAGGCCGCUGCUGCCGCGCCCCAGCCCGUCAAGAAGGAGGUCCAGCUGGAAAACAUGUUUGACGACGAUUCCGAUGACGAGUUUCCCAGCUCUGCGCCCGUCAAGGAGCAACCUUCUAGCCCGCCCGCGAGAGCGCCCGCGUCCCCAGUUGACGUCGCCUCGCUCAAGGCAUCCGACCCCGAGGUCAUGCGCAGCUUCUACCAGCGACUCUUCCCCUGGCGGCAGCUGUUCCAGUGGCUCAACCACAGCCCCACGCCCACAAACGACUUUGGCAACCGAGAGUUUGCCUUUACCCUGCAAAACGACGCCUACCUGCGAUACCAGUCCUUUGCCACAGCAGACCUCCUGCGCAAAGAUGUCCUCCGCCUCAUGCCGUCGCGUUUCGAAAUCGGCCCCGUCUACACCACCAACCCGCGCGACCGCAAGACGCUCCGCAACUCGUCCGCCUUCAAGCCCCUCGCCAAGGAGCUGUGCUUCGAUAUCGACUUGACGGACUACGACGACAUUCGUACCUGCUGCGACAAGGCCAACAUCUGCAACAAGUGCUGGACAUUCAUGACCAUGGCGAUCAAGGUCGUCGACGCGUCGCUGCGAGACGACUUUGGCUUCAAGCACAUCAUGUGGGUUUACUCCGGUCGCCGAGGUGCACACGCCUGGGUGUGCGACAAGAAGGUCCGCAGCUUGGACGACCAGAAGAGAAGGGCUAUUGCCGGUUACCUUGAGGUGGUAAAGGGUGGUGCGCAAGGCGGUAAGAAGGUGAAUGUGCGGCGGCCACUGCACCCUCAUCUCUCCCGGAGCCUGGAUAUUCUCAAGUCACACUUCCAGGACGAUGUCCUCGAAGGCCAGGAUCCCUGGGGCACAGCGGAACGCGCCGAGAAGCUGCUCCAGCUCCUGCCUGACAAGACCCUCAACGACUCGCUGCGGCGCAAGUGGGACGCAGCCCCGGGACGCGCCUCCACGUCCAAAUGGGCCGACAUCGACGCCAUGGCCAAGACGGGCGCGAGCAAGCACCUCGACUCCAAGGCCCUCCUCGAAGCCAAGCAGGACAUCGUCCUCGAGUACACGUACCCGCGGCUGGAUAUCGAGGUUAGCAAGAAACUCAACCACUUGCUGAAGAGUCCCUUUGUCGUCCAUCCUGGCACCGGCCGCGUCUGCGUGCCCAUCGAUACGCGCGACCUCGAGGCGUUCGACCCCCUGGGCGUGCCCACGGUGCAGAGCUUGCUCGCUGAGAUUGAUGCCUGGAGGGACGACGGCGACGGCGAGGGAGACGACAAGGGCAAGGCGCUGGCGGACUGGGAGAAGACGAGCUUGAAGCCGUAUGUGGAUUACUUCAGGACGUUUGUCGCGGGUAUCCUCAAGGACGAGAAGGACACGCGCGUUAAGAGGGAACGAGAUGACGAAUCGAUGGAGUUUUAG